GAACUUUCCCAUCAUCGUUCAAACUAGGUUUUUAAGAUGAUUGAACUUAGAAUUGGAAGCGGUAGGCUGUCGUUGGCUGUAACCAAAAAAGAGCAUCGCAGAGUGCAUGACGACCACGCGGCCUUUCUUCUUCACUAGGACCUUGCGGACUCGACUGCGCUCUUUUGAGGAAACACCUAAACCGUAUCCAUGAGUGCGGCUAACGUUACGGCGGCGGACUUCAAUGUGACCGUGAGGUCUCCGCUAGAAGUGGCCCGCGACGUGUACCGCCUCGCGGUGCCCGUCAUGCUUGUCGCCUGCCUAAUGUCCAUGGUGUUCAACCUUGUCAUAGUCGAGUCGGCCCACUGGCUGCGACGCAGCCCCAGCCCGACGCUCUGUUUCAGCCUGAGUUUAUCAGCGGCGAACGCCUACGCGUCUCUUGUGGUCGGCGUCGGUCUCGUGGUCAACAGCCUCCUUCCGACCUUGUACCACAUCCAGCCUCCGGCCUGCUGGGCGCUGUCCCUGGAAGCCUUUCGCCUAACAGGCCUCAUCGCGUCCGUGCUUCACCUGUUGGCUCUCGCCGUGAACCAUUACAUCGGUAUCCUGCGGCCUCUUCAUUACGCUGCAACUGUGACUCGACGCACUGUAUGGCUGACGACGGCAGCAAUGUGGCUUGUGCCCCUCUUUUUCUUCCUCUUGUACUUCACAAGCGUACCCGGGCAGGGAUUCCAGGUGGCCGACUGUCGCUAUGACUUCAUGCUCUGGAGCACUUUCCGCGUCAUACUCUCUGGACUUUUCUUCGUGCCACUGGUACUCAUGUGUUUCAUAUAUACACACAUCUUCCUGCUGGUCCGACGCCACCAAAUGGGAGCGGGAAUCUCUGCCCAGAUUCCGGGACAACUGCGCAGGAGCGUCAAGGCCGUCUACACCACACUACUGAUACUCGGCACGUACCUCAUAGGAUGGAUGCCAGCCGUGCUCUUCUACGUACUAACAUGCCUCGAUUGUCCCUUGCCGAUCACGUCGCUGUCUCUUGACGUGCGCCUCACCUUCGGCAUACUGACCAACACACUGGUGCUGAUCAAGUCGUUUGUCGAUCCAGUCAUCUACGUGGUGCGCAUGCGUGAGAUUCAAGAUGCCUUCGUACUCAUGUGGAAGUCCCGCUGCGGCCUGGUGGACGUGGCCCGAUCUUCGGUGGACCUCAUGCGGAUGGCCCACUCCCGCAGUGACACGCAGCGCAUCACGACCAACGGGUCGCAGCACAAGCAACGCAGUAUCGCCCAGUUCAGCUAGCCCGGUCGACCACUAGGCAGACGGCUAUCGAGGCAGCGGCGAGAAACUGCCGCAACGGCUUUGUGAACAUGUUGUGAAUCGUACGCCGAAGCAAGCUGCUCCCUCCGACACUGUCGAAGAUCAACUACCUAAAUAUCCACAUCACAAGAUGAAGACGGGACAGUAAAUGCUUGAUAAACAAUGUUAGAGAGGUGCAGUAGGUGAAGGGGCACCUCAUUGGGACGACCACUUGUUGACCCGAUCCUUGGGAACCGUAUUCGCUGCUCUCCAUCAGGUCAGCGUCCUGAAGCAAAAGGGCACUUUUCGUUUCCUUG